AUGGCGCCUCACUUUCCGUGCGAGGUCUGGGCAAUGGUCCUAGAAAGCCUCUCGUCGCGCAGAGACUUGAUCGCUUUCAUUGGAGCGUCUAAGGUCUUCCAGCAAGCCUACUCCGAGCGACGCGAAAAAGCAAACGCCGCCAUUAUCCAGAAUACCUUCGGCGAUGAAUGCGCUCUAUCCCAUGCCCUGGCCAUCGUGCGUUGGUCGGAUAUCGACCAGUGCGAGGUCGAUGCCUCCCUCUUGGACAAGAUCGAGUGCCACCUGAUCAGCUAUAUCCGUGGCAACGAGGCAAUUGAGCUCCGUCCAGUUGAGUUCGUCGCGUUGGACAAGUUGCACGAAACCUAUUCGAAGUUCAUCGACCAUUUUGCACGCACACCCAUUUCGAUACACUCCGCAGAGGGGCAACAACACAUGGUAUACUGCGCACUAAGCGACGUGACCCAGCCGCCCUACUUGGAGCAUCCGCCCAUGAGCACCUCAGUCGAGAGAGCACGAUCCAUUAGCGCCUUCUGCCGGUACGAGCUCUUCAGCCGAGGCUCUCGAGCGUACAUUGAACAUCCAGGGGACGACCUCCGCGACCCACAGGGUCCGGAUUUCUAUCGAUCUUUGAAGAUGCUUUGCCUCCAGGAAAGAUGUGUGCCCGGAACCUUCAGACCUACUCGACAAUGGCGGGAUCAUCUUGACAAAUCGGUCUUCAUUUCUAGACGACGACUUGGAUUGCGACGUUGGCACGACCUGUGGCGGACCCCUUAA